AGUAUUCUAUUGUGAAGAUGGUGUGUCGCAUUGAUCUGGAUUUACCUCAUUUAAAAUGGAAUGUCCCACGCAAUGUGCCAAAAUCCAAAAUGUCGGGUUAUGAUGUUCCAUCGUGGGCUGGUAAGCCACUGCCAGGGCUUCACUUAGAUGUCCUCAAGGAAAACAAGAUGAUCGAGAAAAUGAUGAUUGAUGAGAAGAAUGUGUAUUAUUUUGGGAGGAACUCCAUCGUCUGUGACUUUGUCCUGGACCACGCAUCUUGCUCCAGGGUCCACGCUGCGUUGAUGUACCACAAACAUCUCAACAGGUCCUUCCUGGUGGACCUUGGAAGCACUCAUGGAACAUUUCUGGGCUCUAUCCGACUGGAGGGCCACAAGCCCCAACAGAUUCCUGUAGACAGCACCAUCCACUUUGGGGCAUCGACGCGGUCCUACGUGCUCCGGGAGAAGCCGCAGACAGUAGCAUCUGUGAUUUCUGGAGGGACGACAGAUUCUAAGACAGAGCAAGAAGAAGAGGAAAUCAGCGGCGGUCUGCUUGGACUUCCUGAAGAGGAGACAGAACUAAAUAACCUGACAGAAUUUAAUACCGCCCACAACAAGAGAGUGACUAAUGUCAGCUACGAGGAGGCUGCACCCAAGGCUGAGAGGCCACGCAAGAGAAAAAGCUUUGGCAACGUCUCGUUUAGUGAAGACGAUGAAAUCAUCAAUCCAGAGGAUAUUGAUCCGUCCGUUGGAAGAUUUAGAAAUCUGAUCCAGACGUCCGUUGUCCCUGUCAAGAAGCGGAGAUCUGAAGAAUCAGCUACUGUCAGUGCAGCUAAUGACAUGGUGCGCAGGUUGCAGGGUCUCCACUAUGGUCCAUCUCUCUAUGCUGACCUACCCGGCACGGGCGGGGAGCCCGCCUCGACCCCGCCCACCACGCCGACCACACCCCCGGCAGGAAUGCUCGGCAGCUCCACCCUGGGACUCAUGCACGCGCCUAAUUUGGCGCCGGAUGUGGACAUGGCCCCACCCAUGCAAGAGGUGGCACCCACCGCCGCUGGCCCCAUGCUGCAGCCACACAUUCCCAGUAUGGGCGGGGACUUGCUGCCUAAGAAGAAGAAAUAUGCAAAGGAGGCGUGGCCUGGGAAGAAACCGACGCCCUCACUGUUGCUCUAAGGGGCGUGGCUUAAGAUGGAUUGACAUGAAGCACCUGCUCAUGAUGAAUUGACAGUCAACAUGCAGAGGAGGUGUGGCCUACCAAGAAACCAAUGCCUUCACUGUUGCCUCAGGGGGCGUGGCUAAGAAGUUUGAUGGACAAGUACCUACUUGUGAUGAAUUGAGAGGGAUGUUUAAGGUGCCAACUGGAAUCCUUUUUUUAAACUGUAUUUUAAAAAAAAAGUCUCCGGUUUCUGGUAU